AUGAAUGAAACAUGUAUUAAGAAUUCAUAUUUAAAUUGUACGUUCACACUUUCGGUUAAUAACGAUUUCGAAGAAUUGAUUCGUUAUAUCUACAUGAUUAUUUAUCCUAUUAUAUUUAUCAUUGGUCUCAUUGGUAAUUUACUUUCGUCAUUAGUUUUUUCUAUUACUGAAUUAAGUCAAAAUUCAUGUGGUAUUUAUUUUCUUUUACUUGCUAUAUCGGAUUCCAUUGCAUUAAUUGGUGGUCUUCAUCAUUGUUUAACUAUUGGCUAUAAUAUUUCGAUACCUUACGCUAUUUAUUGUCGUACUCGUAAUUUUCUUGUAUAUACAUCGACAGAUAUGGUUUCAUGGAUGAUCGUAGCUAUAUCUGUCGAUCGAUUUCUUAAAGUAAAAUUUCCUUUUAAAUCACGAAUUCAUUGUACAAAUAAAUUAAACAUAAAAGUUGCAGGUUUUAUAACGAUUAUUCUUAUUUUAAAAAAUAUUCAUCUUGCAUCAAAAUUCAUUGGAGAUUUUACGCUUGACGCUGCUGAUAACUGUGAUCCAAAUCCAGCUUAUCCGAGUUAUGUUUAUUUUUUUGAAAACAUUUGGCCAUGGAUUGAUUUAACUACGUUUGUCUUAUUACCAUUUAUUAUUGUUACAUCCUGUAACAUUUUUAUUAUAAAUGAUCAACAUAAAAGACGUUUAAAAUUUGGCCAUCGGAAUCUUGAUCGUUCGCUAACAAAAUUUCUCCUAAUAAGCUCAUUAUCAUUGAUUACAUGUAAUUUUCCAGUAUCAAUAACGAUCAUUAUCUAUCCAUACAUAUCACAAACCUAUGGUAAAAGUGAACAUUAUGAUGAACUUGGAUUUCUAUUUGAUAUUCUACGAAUACCAUCUUAUGCAACUUUAGCAUUGAAUUUUUAUUUAUAUUAUUAUUCAUCAAGUAUAUUUCGACAUCAAGCACUGCUCUUAUUUAAACGACUAUGCCGCAUUCCAGUGCAUUCCAAUGAAAUGAAUAUCCUAGCAAUGGAGAUUAUACAAGUGCGAAGUCCUAGACAAUUCAAUUUGCGAGAACAGACUGAGAGAAAAUAA